UCACUGUUAUACUUGCUCUUAGCAAGAGAGAACCCACCGCACGUCUCCGUCAUAGCUACCACCGGCCGGUGUAGCCCGCUUUAUCCAGUCCUCUCCUGGGCCCAAUCUGGUUUGGAAUCUAUCGAUUAUCGGAUCCGGCAACAUCACCGAUCACAUGGUUCCACCUCCGCACGCGACGGCCCGACCCCUCCGAGACGGCUGCGCCUGUCCGUGUCCCGCCUACGAAUUGCCGCCACGCCGAUCCUUUGCGCCACAGAGUAAUACAGAGGGAGGUGGGAAGGAACACACAAGUGUGCUUGAUAUCGAAUUCCGCAGCCGCGAUGGCCGGUGUUGUUCCGAUGAUCAUCGUUCUGGCGAUGGGCGGCGGCGCGCUGGGCGGGCCCGAGGCGCUCCGCCUCUUGCUCACCUUCGCCGGCCGGAGCCCCCUCGUCGACAUCGGCAUCGUCGUCUUCGUCAUCGCCGCGCUCGCCGCGCCGGCGCUCGGCACCAUGCUUCUUGCGUGCUUCUACCGCACGCCGCGCGGCGCAAGAGGUGCGGCGGCGGCGGCCGCUGACCUCUUAGCCAAGAUGACGCUGGCGGUGUCCAUGGCGGUAGCGCUCCUCGUCUCCGCGUCCCUGCUCGUCCUGCCGCUGUUCCAGUCCGGGAACGUCGUCGUCGGUCUUCUCGCGCUCGCCGUUCCCGCCUUCGUCGUAGGCGCCAGCGCCGCGCGCGUCCGCGGCGUCGCGCAUCUCCGCAGGGCGCGCAAUGCCUCCGGCGCGGUGACGGACGCGGGGCGCGCCGCCGUGACGACCCUGACGGUGUCCCUCGCCGCCGUAUGCAUCCUCCUCGGCUCUUGCGUCGCGGUCGGCGGCCUCGACGCGCACCACCUCUUCACCUCCUUCGCCUUGAAGAACCCAAUCAUCCACGCGCCCACCGGCGUCGCCACCGCCGCCGUCGUCGGCACCACGCUUCUCGCCCUCUUCUUCCGCAAGGCGCAAAAUGCGGCGGCCGCGGCCGCGGCCGCUGCCCCACUACCGGCCACGGAGCGCGCCGCCAAGAUUAUCUCGGACGGUGCCAAUCCCGGCGGCGGCUGCACGUGAAGGUUCCCGCGCCGCGAGCCCGCGACGCGGCCACCGUGUACUACCUGGAGUCUGGAAUCACCGUACUGUCAUCGCAGUCGUGCAGUGCAGAGUGUAGUCCUGUAAUGCUAAUACUCAUGCUCAGCUCGUGCAGAUGGGGAACGUGACUGCGUGAGCUAUUGUGAUGUUUUAAUUGUUGAUUCGUUCUGUAUUCAGGUGAGAUAAUUAACAGUGAAGUUUCAGAAACUCAUACUCACCUUUUUUUUAUUUCAUCCGCUUGGCUCACAUUUUUUUCUUUCCUCUGUCUUCCAAGUGGUCGACAUUACGACAGUUGUUCGUGCGUUAUUCCCUACCUGAACAUCUUGUUUAGUAUUUAUAGUAUGAAAAUGCACGAGUUCUUUCUUGUGUUCA